AUGUUUCUUUUCCUAUUCAUGCCGAUCGCAAUUUUCAAUUUUGUUUCAACAUUACAAUGCACAGAUAACUGUUCGAUGAGCUACUCCUUAGAUCAACCAUUUAUAUUACCGCGGAAUUGUAUGACGAGUUCAAGUUGGCGAUGCACCGCCAAACUAACGUUUUGGUUUAAUCGUCAUAAUUACACUGUCACAUUUCCGGGCGAGAUAAACAACGAUCCAACUAUCGGUGAUAGUAAGCAAUUUAUUAUGAUUGAAACUGCGAAAACGAAGUUCUUCUCCUAUGACAUUGAUCAUACAUGUGCAGAUACCGAUGAUUGUGCGCGUCAGUUCAUUGAAAUGAAAGUGCUCGAAAUGAGACAGCGGCCAUAUAACCUUUCAACUUGUUUCGAUACGAACGAUGCUGUUCGUCAAUGUGCCGUUUCUGGUAUGAUUGGUGCAUGUCAAAUCAUCGAUGAUUUAAUUAAGUACAAACUUCAUCGACGUUCAUGUCAACGAAGUCAUCAUGAAUCUGCGAGUGUGAACAUUUACGAUUCCGGUACUUUUGCGAUGAUGACUGUUAAAUGCAAUCGAAUGCUGUGUAAUGGUCCAUUAACAAUCGAAGCUGUGAAAAAAGUCUUGCAUAAGCAUAAUAUUACAACUGUAUCUGGUCGAUUACCAGGAGCGAGUUCGCAUAUGUCAUUGAAAUUCUAUUUCGUCCUAUUGAUGUUGUUUUUCUCGUCUCAAUUGUCGUAG